AUGUUGUUUGAUGUUGAUGUCGAUGAUGUUGUUGUUGAUGUCGAUGAUGAUGUUGCUGUAGUUGAUGUUGAUAGUGUUAUACUUGAUGUUGUCGUUGAUGAGACCGCAACUUCCGCCAAGUCUGGCUCAACACCAGCAUCUCAGAGAUUUGGAAAACGUGAAUCUGGAAUUAACCUUAAAGAUCAACAGUACGUCUAUACAGCUAUGGCGACAGGGAGACUGGGCGACUGGGAUUUCUGGCUCACCUGGGAAGAUCUGAGGAAGAACCGAGACGUCGUAUUUCCCGAAGUUUCUCGAACCUUCCACGCGGGUUCAGCGGGGGUUCACGUCACGGGCUUCGAGCAGGAGUCUGUGUUCAACCGCAUGAUCUACAACUUGGAGCCCGAGGUCGAGCUUGAUGUUCGAGAAGUCGUCAGGGAUAGAUACGACCAACGCUUGACCUCUGACCUCGAACGGGCACUCGAGCUGACCCCGCCGAGGGACGUCUGCGCCAUGACCUGGGUUCCCCGCGACUCCUCCGUUCCCGUGGCGAUCUACGUCUACGCGGAAAAUUCGAACGAUAGACAUUGGGGCUAUCGGCUCUUCCUCUCGUGUUUCCUGACGUACGACGAAAACACCCACGAGAUCUACAAAGGUGUCAUACGGCUCCGGUGGCAUGGCACUGUGGUCUACCUGGUGGGCUGCCCAACGUCGCCCUUCUGCCGUUACCUGAAGGCGGGUCAGCUGACCAAGCCCUCGCGCGGUGACCUGAGAAGAGCGAGCUUGCACAGGGACACUUGGGAGCAGACCUUCUUCGAGCAGAACCCGCGCCUCUAUCGCAUCAAGGACGCCCCCGUCGACCAGGUGCUUAAUCUCACCAACAUCCUCUGGAGUGAUGGGUAGCUUCACCGGGUUUGGCGGAGGUUCAAGAUUUUGUUUUGAUUAUCAUAUUUUAUUAAACAGGUAGACGUUUAUUGCAUUGCUAGUCCCUCUCUCAUACACAGAUGUAAAUACGCUGACACAUAUAUACACAUUCAUACAUACGCACACACACAGACAGACACAUAC